GAACGAGGAGCAGAUUUUCGAGGUCGUGUGUGGGUAUUGACAGAAGAAGAAUAUGAUGAAUUGAGUAGGAAAGAGCAGUCUGCUCUGAGUUUGAGUGAAGAGCUGCAACUUCACGUGUAUAGUCUGUGUGCUCCUUUGAGAGUAGAGUGUAUGCAGUUGAGAGAUCGUCUCGAACAGACUGAUGCCCAAAUGAAAGAGAGGGAACGAGAGCUGGAUAACAGUUGUCGUGAGUUGAACGAGAAAGCGUUUGCUUUGUCCGAAGUUCAACGAGAAUGUGAGAGAUAUCAAACCAACGUCGUACAUCUGGAGAGCCAAAUACGAGAAGCAGAUUAUAAGCAGACGAAUUUUGAUCGAGUCAAAAGUGAACGAGAUCAACUUGAACGUGAAUGUGCACACUUGAGACAUUCUGAGUCAUUGAUAGAGGCCUCACUUACCAACUGCCAGAAGGACAGAGAUUCGGCUCAACAUGAACUGCUUGCUAGGCAGCAAACUUUGGCAUUACUAACUCAAGAUAAGGAAUAUUUGACGAGACAAGUUCAGGAUUUGACAGGUCGAUGCCAUCAUGCUGAAGAGAGGGCUGACUCUUUGAAUGGACAACUGUUGGAGAGCAAGAAAGCACGAGAAGAUUUAUAUGAGAAAUUUGUUGUGUCUAGAGAGCAAUCAAAGUCAGAGUAUGAGAGGAAACUAUCUGACGAGAUACAAAAGCUUAGAAGUCAGACUGCUGUGGAAUUGGAUCAGGUCAGGACUUCACUGAAAGACAUGUAUGAAAGGGAGAACAGGAGUCUUCAUGAAGCACGUGAUUUGGCUGUCAGUGAAAAAGAGAACGCAGUUCAGUCACUGCAUGAAUCUCAAGCAAAAGUGGAGCAGUUGAGUCUUCAAAUGCGUCAUUUACAGCUGCAGCUAGACAGUAAGACUGGCGAGCUACAUAGCGACCUUCGACUGAAAUCUUUUGAGACAGAGAAGGCUCAAAUGUUACUGGAAGAACAGUCAAUAAAUCUGAAGAAGCUUUGUAUGGAAAAUGACAAAUUGAAAGAAAAGCUUGAGGUUUUGACACGUGAAUUUUAUACUCUUCAGUCAUCAUCAGACAAACAUAUUGCAGAAUUAGAAAAUGAGUGUUGUCAACGUGCAGAGAAACUUGGAUCGUAUGAGAAGGUGGAAAGAGAGCUCGAUGAAGUUGUCAUGCAGGCAGCUGAAGUAUCUGAUAACGGUGAGGCAGAACGAGUUCUAUUCUCUUAUGGCUAUGGAGCUAAUGUACCAAGUACAGCUAAACGACGGCUUCAGCAGAGUGUUCAUUUGGCGCAACGAGUUCUUCAAUUAGAGAGAGACAAUACAAGCCUUAGACAGGAAGUUGAACAAGGACAGGAUGAUUACAAACAACUACAAGAUGAGUUAGCAGAAAGUCGACAACAUUUGGAUGAGUCGAGACAACCUUACUCUUAUCUGAUUGAAAGUAUGAAGUCUCGAGAUGAACAGAUCAAAGUGCAGAGACUAAAGAUGGAGAGCUUGGAGAAUGAAGUCAGGAGGUUAAAUGCAGAACGAAGUGAAUUAGUAAGAUCAAAGAAUUUGAUGUCUGCCGAUUUGGAGAGACUUCUUAGUCAGAGAGAGGAAAUGGCAGUCAUGAGACAGUUACUUGGCGGUUUACACAAUCAAAGAAGUUACCCUAGCAGAACUACCGACGUUCAUGGAGCAUCUAGUACUGCAGUGCACAUGCCACCGCCGACUGUCUUGUCAAGACGGGACCCUCCUGACUGGUAUCGAAGACUGAAACAAAUGUCAGCACCUGUGAAAUUGAAAGGAAGGUGAGGAGAGAGGUCUCUACAAUAUGGAGGAGCCCAGGGAGCAUAAAACAAGACAAGCCAUGUUUCAUCACUCUACCUUCAAGGAAGAAUCAGUGAGCUGCUUGACUUUCUCGCUUGGUGGGAGUGGCUUCUCAGGAAAGGCCAAGUAGAGAACUACAGUAACAAAAUCAGACCAUAAAAU